UUGUGAACUUCAGUUACCACUUCGACCAUCAUUCCAUCUUCCAAACUGAACCCAAUGCUCUCUCGUUCUCUGAAAUCCCCUCAUUCCCUCUUCUCCCUCCGUUCAUUACCCUGUACUCCAAACCCAAUCUCAACCCCAAACCCUAUUCCUAACCUAAACCCUUCCUUCCGACCCUCCCCACACCGUCUCUUCUCUUCUUCAUGGCUAUCCGAACCGGGAAAUCCAAUCAUCCAAUGGCCCUCACUACCCAAACCAAACCCUCCUCCAAAUUCCAACCCCAACCCUAACCCCGCACCCGACCCUACCUCUCCAAACCUAAACGCCUUCUCCCUCAUUUCCAACCUCUUCACGGACCCCUCCGUCUCGCCCGGUCCGGUCCUCCACGCCCAACUCGACCGCUCCGCCAUCGAACCGGACCCGGCUUCCCUGCUCGCCGUCUUCGACCACUUUGGCUCGUCCCCCAAGCUCCUACACUCGCUCUUCCUCUGGGCCCAGACGCGACCCGGCUUCAGGCCCGACCCGAACCUCUUUGACGCCGUCGUCAAUGCACUCGCAAAGGCAAGGGAAUUUGACGUCGCAUGGAAACUCGUUCUCGAUCACGUCGGUGGAGAUGGGGAAGAAGAAAACGAAAGCUUGGUUUCCGUUAAGACCUUUGCCAUCAUGAUUCGACGCUAUGCUCGUGCAGGUAUGUCCAAACUUGCAAUCAGAACUUAUGAAUUCGCUAAAGAUAACAAGUCCAUUGUGGAUUCUGGCUCAGAAAUGAGUUUGUUUGAGAUAUUGAUGGAUUCACUUUGUAAAGAAGGGUCGGUGAGGGAAGCUUCAGAGUAUUUCCUUUGGAAAAAGGAGUUGGACUUAAGUUGGGUUCCUUCUAUUCGGGUUUAUAACAUAAUGUUGAAUGGAUGGUUUCGAUCGAGGAAACUUAAGCAGGGCGAGAGACUUUGGGCAGAGAUGAAGAAGGAGAACGUGAGACCAAGUGUUGUGACAUAUGGUACCCUUGUGGAAGGAUAUUGCCGGAUGCGACGUGUAGAAAAAGCACUCGAAACGGUUGGUGAUAUGACCAGAGAAGGAAUUGCACCAAAUGCAAUUGUAUACAACCCAAUAAUUGAUGCACUAGCAGAAGCUGGAAGAUUCAAAGAGGCUUUGGGUAUGUUGGAACGAUUUCAUGUUUUGGAAAUUGGCCCUACUGAUUCAACAUAUAAUUCUCUCAUAAAGGGGUUUUGCAAGGCUGCAGAUCUUGUUGGUGCUAGUAAGAUUCUUAAAAUGAUGAUAAGCAGGGGCUUCGUCCCAAGUCCCACUACCUAUAACUACUUUUUUAGGUACUUUUCAAGAUGUGGAAAAGUUGAGGAGGGGAUGAACCUGUAUGCAAAGUUGAUUGAGUCUGGUUAUACCCCAGACCGCUUAACUUACCAUCUUUUGGUGAAGAUGUUAUGUGAAGAGGGGAAGUUAGACAUGGCAGUUCAAGUUAGCAAGGAAAUGAGGCAUAAUGGAUAUGAUAUGGACUUGGCUACCAGCACCAUGUUAAUUCAUUUGCUCUGCAAAAUGCAGAGGUUGGAAGAGGCUUUUGCUGAAUUUGAGGACAUGAUAAGAAGGGGUAUAGUUCCUCAGUAUCUCACUUUCCAGAGAAUGAAAGCUGAGUUAAAGAGACAAGGUAUGACUGAAAUGGCUCAAAAGCUUUGCAAAUUAAUGUCUUCUGUUCCCUAUUCUGGGAACUUGCCAAAUACUUAUGGUGGAGACAGAGAAGAUGCUCUUACACGGAGAAAAUCUAUAAUUCGGAAAGCUAAAGCAUUUUCUGAUAUGCUGAAGGACUGUAAGGAUCCCAGUGAACUUCGUCAGUAUAGAAAUUCAUCAGAAAAUGCUGUCUCAAGCGCAAAAUCUAUGAUAGUGGAGAUUGAGGGAAAAUGAAAUUCAGUAGAAACUUCUAUGAUUAGUGCUUAUCACUCAGCAGGGAUCAAUUAUGGAAAGUUUGAAACACAUGGGAUUCAGUUUGCAUUUAUUCAUGUUCAAAAAGUUCUGCUGUGCUUCGCUAUGCAAUUUGCAGGCAUGACAACGAGGUUAAUACGGGGAUCAGUGAACUGAUUUACUGCUGUCAUGACUACAUUAACAGGUGCAAUCUGAGUUAGUUAUACAGAAAAUAACUUCUUGGGAGCCACAUUGAGGGUAAUUUAUCAAUGGAGAUGGCAUCAACUGAAUGCUAACAUAUCAUAAAUUAUUGUUUCUUGGAAGAACUUGACUUAUCCCAAUUACACACUAUUUAAGAAGGAUAAUUGAUGGCUUUAAGAAUUCGCAAUUGUGGUUAUUUUAUUCUGUGCAGGAAAGUGUCAAAUUGUUGAGUCAGACAAUUGCUUUCCUCUGCCUCUCUCUGGGUCUGCUCAGAAGAAGGUCAUCGGACUUCAAAAGCUUCAAUCCAGAAUAGAUAUAUUAGAUUUAUUUAUCAAAAAUAUUUUAUUUAGGAUGAAGUUCGAUGUAUUAUGUAUGCUUUUACCCAAUAUUGUAGAGUCUAUUAUUGGAGGGUUUGUCCCUAGGCUUGGGCAUAGUUCAAUAAACUGUACUAAAACUACAUUGUUGCUAAAAGAAAUUGAACUAAAAGAAAUGGAAAACAAUAAGCAGCAGUUAACCAUACUAUAUUGUAUUAAAAAUAACUAAUUGCUAAAAGAAAUGGAAAACAAUAAGUUGCAAUUAACCAUACUAUAUUGUACUAAAAAUAACUAAAUUUGUUUUAACUGAAAACUAAUUAAACUAGUGUAUAGUUCAGUUAAAAGAAAUUGAACUUUCCAAGGUUUUAGUACAGUUAACUGGAACCACAAAUUUUUCUUCUAAUUGAUAAUUUCAUUCCAAAUUGAAAGGGUUCGAGAGGGUUGAGAGAAAUGAAGAGAAUUUCAUUGUUGCUUUGUGAAAAUGCAGAUUUAGUGGAUCAAACUGCCUACAAAGGAUUGAAACUGCAAAAGGGGUUGAUUGAGGGGCGCGAACCCUCCAACCCCAACCCUACCCUUUUUCCAGUUCGCGGGUUCAACUGGAGGACCUCAACGAUCUUGAAGACGACAAAGAAGAAGCACCACGUGGACCUUCUAAACCGCCUGAUUACGAUGAUGAACAGUGGCAAAUUAGGUCUGGUAUUGGUCAAGAUUGCAUCCUCGAUUACGAGGAAGAGGAAGACCAAUAUGACGAGCAGGCUAUUGGGAAAGACGAUUCAGGUGAUCGUGUGUACAUGAAGGAUGUAAAGGACGAUGGAGUUGAGAUUAGUUCUAGCAGUGUUUUCCAUACCUCGUUUAGAGAUUUUGUGCGAGAUCCAUGUGCAAAUCAUUUGGCUGCGAGGAUUAGGCUGAAGUAGGAUGAUGAAGCCGCUAAAAAGAUUGAUGCUCUACAUGUCUCUGAGAAAUCCACACCAGAUGUAGGCAGUGGCAGAGAUGCUACUAACCCUUGUUCAUUUUUGAAGAGUAAGGAUAACUCUGGGGAGUCCAGGCCUCAGAAACGAGUUCAGUUUGACCUCCAAGUCAGAGCUGCAAGGAAAGGGGAGAUGCUGGGAUGAAAGCUGAAUUUUGUGGAGUGAAGAAAUAUGUCAUGAAGGAAUCACUUCCUAAAUACAUGAUGAGUUGAGCAACAAAUAGAAAGAAUAUUAUUAGGCAAUUUUGACCCAACAUUAUCAGAUAUUAACUUGUGGUGUUCAGGCAAGAUUGAUAAUUUGAUGAACUGACUAUUUUGUUUAUUACUAAUCUUAGCUUCAUAAAUAGAGUGACAAUACAUUUUAAUGGUAUUGUUUUUUUUAUAUCUAUAUGUUUUUGAAUCA